AGAGCAGCCUAGGAUUCGCCACGGAACUGCCAUCCUCGAGAUAGUCACCACUGCUGCCCUACAUCGUGAUGCACUCCAGGGAGAGGUGGCCUUAUGAUGGAUUCUAAGUACCACGUCGUCUGCGCUCCCACGCGCUUCACGGCGACCAGCACACCAGGUCCGCGUGGCUCAGGCUGGUGGCGAAAAAUAUAUAGUUUUACCGCGCGGCUUAUCCGCUUUAAAUGGUCCCAGCAGUCAGGAGAGAGCAACUAUUUGCUUCGCAGUAAGAAGGUUUCCCCUCCGCCAUCACCUGUCUCCGGAAAGCCUUCCACUAAGUCCUCUCGGACUUCCCCAACCGGGCUGCGCCGCUUCUCCCGCCUUGCCAUCCUCGCAGUCGCGUUUCUCCUCGCCCUGUUUGCAGUCGUCGAUCUGACCAGAUUAGCCCUAACAGACGGUCCAGAUGAGGAGGAAGGUUUCGACUCCUCGCACGCCGCCAGCCGAUGGAACCCCCAAAUCAAGUCCCGGUGCUCGAGGCGCUGCUUGCACCGCGGAACGUGCAACGAGGAGCUCGGUCGCUGCGACUGCCCUGCGGGUCUCACGGGCGACUCGUGCGACGCCGACGCCUUCCCCUCGUGCCAGCUUGCGCCAGGCUUCCGCACGCCGUGCGCGCUCCCCUCCACCUGCGCGUGCGCGCGCGAGUGCCGCGCGUUUCACCUCAUCGGCCCCGGCGCGGUGUGCUUCAACGCCUCCUCAAAUGCCUCCGCCAUUCCCCCACGCUCGCUGGCGGACAUCUUUCGCGCGGAGGUCAUAACGGUCGGCGCCGCGGAAGGGGGGAAUGAGGCGGACCUGGGGAUGGCAGAAGGGGAAGUGCAGACUGGCGCGGGGAACGGAGCGGUUGCGUCCGCGGCAGUGGCUGGGGGAGCUUCGGGCGGUACACGUAGGCCAAUCAGGGCGCACAGCAACGAUCUGCCCGCGCUGCGCAAAAGCUCGCGGAGAUGGGAAGGGGCGCGCAAUGUGCGCUGGAAAGGGGUGGGCGGAAGGGACAUGCCGACUGGGGGCGCGCGGAACGAUUUGGGAAACGCAGAGGGCGCAGGAGCGGUUGCUUUAGGGGGGAGAGCGCAGGCAGCCCGCGGGCGGAUGGCGGGCGGAGCGCAGAUGCAGAUGUGGGCGUGGUACACGUGGCAAUUGCGGGAGCGAUACGCGGACCCCCGGGAAUGCCCCCUGGGGUGCUCUGGGCGAGGGCUGUGCCGUGACGCCAGCAAGACAUGCGAGUGGGUGCGCGUGGCGCUAUGCGGGCCCGGGGUGCGAGGAGGAGCGGCCGGGGGCAUGCAGUGUGUGAACGCGUGCAGCGGGCGCGGCACGUGCGAGGGAGGCACGUGCGCCUGCCAGGCUGGCAGCUUCGGUAUCGACUGCUCGCUGUCCUUGGACCCCAUCACGAGAAAGCCAAGCAUUCUCUCCAACCCCACCUUCAGAUGGCCGCCCCAGUCCCCGCCCUUCCGGGCGGCGCCACAAGGCAAGGAGCCCCGCCCGCGGGUGUACGUGUAUGAUCUCCCCCCGGAGCUGAACACGUGGCAGUGGGAGCAGUCGGGCGCACUGGACCGGCCCGAGGGGCUGCUGUUCCUGGAGAGGCUGCUGGCGGACGGGCGCAGGACGGUGGAUGGGGAGCAGGCGGACUACUUCUACGUGCCGCUGAUCACCAGGAAUCGCGGCCAAUCCGGCAUGGGAGGCAUGGGAGGCAUGGGAGGCAUGGGCAUGAGCGGUGGCAUGGCGAUGGCGGGGUGGGACGCCAUCGAAGCAGCAGUGGCGUAUGUCAGCCGCCACUGGCCCUUCUGGAACAGGACAAACGGCGCCGACCACGUCUUCCUGCUCAACGGCGACUGGGGGGCGUCGCAGCAGCAGCAGCAGCAGCAGCAGCAGCAGCAAGGAGGAGGGAGGUGUUUCAUUCCCGGUCAGGACGUGGUGAUCCCCCCACUGCUGCCCCCCUCCGCGGUGCUCGCCUCGCCCUUCGUCCGAGAGCCCCUCGAGGGCACCCCCGACCGCCCCACGCUGCUGCUCUUCGCCACCAGGGGAUUCUGCCUCGCUCCCACGCCCGCCACCGGCUACAGUGACACAGUGGUGCGGGCGGUCCUUCUCGGCUGCAUCCCUGUCAUCAUCCAGCCCGACACCGAGCAGCCCUUCGCAGGUACCGGGUCUCUUCCCGAUGCCAACAUCAUCGACUGGCCGUCCCUGGCGCUCGUCCUGCCCCCCCAGCAGCUGCCAGAGCUCCCCGAGAUCCUGCGUGCGGUGGGCCCUCAGGAGGUUGCUCGCCGCCGCACCGCCAUGAAGGCCGCCUGGCCCCGGCUGCUCUGGGCCUCGCCGCAAUACAACCCGCUCUCUCCCUCCGCUCCCUCCUCCUCGUAUUCCUCCUCUGCCUCCUCCUCGGCCUCCUCGCCCUCCAGCCUGCUGUAUCUGCAGAAGAAGCUUCGCCCCCUGCUCGCCUCCUCAGACGCCUUUUCUUCCAUCAUGGCUGCCCUCGGGCAGCGAGUCCGGGCAGUUGAAAGCUUCAGUGGGCAGGGCGUGGUGACGCUAUCUGCAGCAGGGGGUCAGGCGGCACCUGGUGAGGGGGGCAUGUCUGCCUUUCCCCGCGCCAGCAAGAUGGCGGGAGGAUAUCAACUGCAUUUCCUGCCAUCACUGCCAUCACUGCCAUCGUCUCAAUCUCUCUCCCACAAUUCGGCACCUCCCCUCCACCCCUCCGUCUCCUCCUCACUCCCCACAUCCCUCUCCUCCUCCUCGCCUCCCUCCAACUGCUCCUCCCUCUGCUUCCUCCGUGGCACUUGCAACGAGGCCACUGCCACGUGUCACUGCGUCCCUGGAUUCACGGGCAAGCACUGCCACGUGUUGGCCAUGCCCAGCUGCCAGCUGGCGCCGGACGUGUGGACGCCGUGCCACGUGGCGACAUCCUGUGCAUGCGUGCGGGAGUGCGAUCGGUACCGCCUGGAGCACCUGCCUCAGUGCUUCGAUGAGAGUGGGGCGCUCGUUGGGGCGAAUGAUACCGCUGCUGCCGCUGCUGCUGCUACUCGCGCUGCUGGUGCUGCUGGUUCUGGGGUUGGCCGUGGCACUGUAUCCAAUUCCUCCUCCAUUUUCACUGCUGGUGGGGUGAAAGAUGCUCUGAUUGGCUGGAUCAAGGGCAUCAACAGGACAGCUGCCCGUGAUACAGACAAGACUUCCGGGCAGGCAGGGGCGACAGAGGAGGAGGAGGGAGGGGAAGAAGGGGACGAGGCGGAGAAGGUGAAGGAAGGGGAGGUGUGGAGUGAGUUCCCGGGACGGCGUGGGGCGUGGGUGGAUGUGGGGCGGCUGUACGAGCAGCGGCAGAUGGCGCCCGUGCUGGACGGGCGCGGCAACGAGAGUGGGAGCAGAGGAGCAAGGGGGGAGUGUGUAGAGGGAGUGUGCAAGUGUGAGCGGGGCAUGUUCGGCAUUGACUGUGCUCUGAGCCUUGACCCCCACGGCGCCACCAGAGUUAAGCGCAGGAGACCCUUCCUCUGGACCGAUGCCGUCCCCCCACCCUCCCCUGCUCUGAUCUCAGCUGCCCGGCCAAAAAUAUUUGUGUACGAGCUGCCCGGGUACUUGAACACGUGGCAGGGCGUGCUGGGGGCAGGGAGGGACCGGUGGGAGGGGUAUGUGUUUCUGGAUGCCCUGCUGACGUCAGCAUGGCGGACUGCUGACCCUGAGGAGGCUGACCUGUUUUACGUGCCUCUACUGCUGCGCCACCGCGGCGCAGCGAAGCAGAGCGUGCUGUCGUGGGCAAUAGAGCACAUGAGGGACGCGUGGCCCUACUGGGACCGCCACGCUGGCGCCGACCACGUGUUCCUCGCCAAUGAUGACUGGGCGGCGUGCGAGAUCGGCGAGGCCGGGCGGCGCGACCCCAUGCUGGCACGCAGCACAGUGCUGUCGCUGUGGGGGUACCGUGGGAACAUGCCGCUGGAUCCCUCCCUGCCCGGCUGCUUCAUUCCCGGGCAGGAUGUUGUCAUCCCGCCCGUUCUGCUGCCUGAGGUGUACGAGGCAGCCAAUGGUGUUCAAGGGGAAGCUGGGGAGGCUGGAUCCCGGGAUAUUCUGUUCUUCUUUAGGGGGUUUGACGGGCGGGACGUGGAGCCAGUGCUGGGGUUCAGCUACUCGUCCGGAGUGCGGCAGGCCCUCUUUGACUGGUUUGACUCGCUUGAAUCCGCUGCUGCCGUGCCCAAGGGGGGGGUGGGGGGCUGAUGAGAGGGCCACUCAGGCUGUGACCCUCGGAUGCAUCCCAGUAAUUAUACAGCCGAAUGUGAGCAUGCCAUUUGAGGGCGACGGCUUCUUGGAUUGGGACGACUUCGCAGUGAGGCUCACUCCUUCAGACAUCCCUCACCUUCACGACAUCCUCACCAGCAUCCCUCCACAAGAGCUCGCCCUCAAGCAAGCCGCACUGCGUCGGGUGUGGGUGCACUUUGCAUGGGCUAGUUCACAGUACAACCCCUUCUCCAGAGUCCUUGACAAGGAGCAAGGUCAACUAGCGCGGGACGUUGCCUCCUCGGGGGCGUUCCGGAGUGUCAUGAGGGCAUUGGCACAAAGAAAGCAGUCAGCCAGAUUAAGAUACUUGAAUUCUUAAGCAAUUAAUUAUGUUCACCGUA